AUGGAUUCCUUGCACAUCUGCAACUCUGCAAAUGUAGGCAAGUUGCCACUUUCAUACCUUACUAAUUGGGUAGAACAAAAACUAACUAAUUGUAAAAGUAAAACAUCUCAAGAAUCACUUGAGAAAUUUAAAAAAGAAUGUGAUAAUGCAGUUGAAUGUACCUUAGACGCAUAUUUGGGCAAUUUGGUUAUCAAUUUAGACACAGAGGAAUGCAAAAUAGAUAUAGAUUCGUAUGCGCUAGUGGAAAAAGAUACAGCAAAGUUGUUAAUUAUAGCACAAAACUCACUGUUAACAAACCCGAACACUUCGAUAAAAUUAUGUAGUUCUUGCAUCAAAUUAUUAGAUUUUUUUUGUAAUAAUCGUAAUUUUACAAUAAAAAAUACAUCGGUAAUCCUAACUAGUAACAAGCUAUUUGAUAUUCAACGCAAGAUUCUUGAACAAACACUAAAAUCCUUGCCUUAUCUAUUAUCUAACAUAAGCAACGACGAUAAGGAUUUGAAUAUGGAGGUAUUAGAUGUUUUACAUCGUUUACUUGACCAAAACCUUAGCAAUCAAAUUAUACUAACAAUAGCAGACAGUUUAAUUGCAAUACAGGCAAUUACUUAUGGUGACAAACUAAAGGAUUAUUUAAUAAGUAGGUUUAAUAAACAAGUAUAUAGUGAUGAAUUCAUGAACGAAGCUUGUAAAAAAUUUUACGAACACUUAUUUGAGCCAAAUAAAUUUUCAAUCAUAACAAUUUGCAUUGGCAGGGGUAUAAUGAAUAUGGAUUAUCGUCUAGUGAAUUAUGGACAGGAUAUUAUGUUUUUAGGAUUUAAGCCAGGUACAUCACUGGAACUUACUCAAAUGUCCUUAUUGGGCAUGCAGGUUUACACAUUUACUGUGUUUUAUAGGUAUAAGGAUAAAUUCAUUACAACUGAUUUAACUAGUGAUUCUGAUUUGUUUAAGCGUAUAAAAAAACUAUUUGAAGUUCUAGUUAAUGUUUGGGGGUCUAGGGCUAGAAGAUCAUCUCACCUAUCAAUUUGCCUAUGGGAAAAUCUGAUUAAAUCAUUGAUAAAGACUAAAAACCAAGAAUUGUGUAAAAUUGCAUAUGAAGCUUUGAAUGGCGCUUUGAAGCAGUUUUAUCAUCGAAAAAGGCUUUACUAUACUUGUCUAGAUCUUUCCAUUCCGUUAAUAGGCAUUGAACGCUUAUUAGAACAAAAUUCUUAUCUGAUAUUGGAGUUAAUCAUUUCUACUGGUGAUCUAAACUCACGGUCCAUUGCUACAAAGCUUCUACGUAAAGUCUUCAAGCAGUUACUCAAGGAAAUUGAUUUGAAUCUAUUUAAAGGUAUAUUUUACCCUCUAAUUGCUAAUAUCAUUAAGAAUGAACACUUGGUGUAUGAGGGCUUGAAAUUUGGUGGUAAUUUAUCCGAAUUUUCCCAAACAAGCAUAACGAAUUGCAUGUUAACACUACUGACUGAUUUUGACGAUGCAAUCGAACUAGAAUUGCUUAAACAUAUGAACCAACCUAGUAAUAAUCAGUUGUGCAAAUCUAAAUACGGAUUGGCAAUAUCAAACACAGAUUUAAUCAUUGCUUGUGAUAAAAAGAGUCUAAGUAAUUGCAAUUAUGUAUAUAUUAUAGGAGAGUUAUGCAUUGCAGAGUCGAUAAUACUUUCCUGGUCCAGAAAAAGGAAUAGAAUUACUUUUGCUGAUAAUGAAUCUAUAUUUGGUAAUGCAAUAAUCAUUGGUUAUGACCAAUAUUUCAUGACUUUUGUUAUACCCAUGUCCCGAAUUAUCACUGCAACAUUAUCUAUUAAUGAACCUACGAGAAUUAAUAUUUUACAUGCCAUGGUAAUACCACCCAAGAUCCUACAGCCAACGCUCAUUGAAUCCUAUCUGAUCCUGCUGGCAUCUAACACAAGCUUCACAAUUACAUGCCUUGAGAAUAGACAAUUGCAACUAACGACAUUUAUUAAAUUUUUUCGGAGAUUUAAGAAUCCAAUAACCAAAUCGGCAUCCAAUGCAAUAGGAAAACAGUAUGCCAUACCAGUUAUUAAUGACGAUAUGUAUUCUCAAAUUAAAUUAUUGGAUGUGAUAGAGGGGAUAAGCACAAAAUUUGACACUGAAUUGACUGUGUGGUUUAUACGUGAGAUGGAUAAUAUAAUGGCCAAGGAAUUCUUUCUAAGUGCCAAUCACGAAAGAUUGGAUAUGGCUUUAAGAAUAACCAGGGAAUUCAUCACAAUAUUGCUCGAGGAGUACAUUGCCAACUCAAAGUACAAAAUUGUCAAAGCUAUACUUAGCAUAUUUAUAAAAUUGCCAGAACAGUUGGUAGAUACAGCCUUUCAUACGCUAAAUUUAAUCCCGUGCGAUGCCAUAACUGAAUUUAUAAGUGAAAUUGGAUUAUUUUCAACAAUAAAUAAGCGAUUAGAUGAUGCAAGACCAUCAAUACAUACCCAAUCUGCAUAUUUAUAUGCUCUAAUGAUUAAUAAGUGCCCACAAUUAAUUCAAUUGACAAACUCUACAAAUUGUGACAAUACAAGCUCGAUAAAAUGUCAUUUUGAUCUAUUCAUAUGUAGAUCAGUACAUCUUAUUGAUUUUCAAAUGGAAUUUUUGGACAAAUACUUUAAUAACAAUAUUAAAUAUGAAACAAAAAUUCCACUGGCAUCGGGGUCACUUUAUGUAUUCGCCAAGAUGGUAGAUCAGGCAGUUGGAAAGACCCCAAUUGAUGUAUGUAAGUAUUUGAAAAUUUUGAGAAUCAAUCUUGCCAAACUAGGCAAUUAUAUAAGCGAAAUCAUGCUUCAAAACCCAAAAUAUUUUGAUUGUAGGGGGCACUUAUCCCCUAACACAUUUGACACUGGUAAUAGUUUUUACAAUAAAGAAUAUUAUUAUGAACCAUUGGGAGAUUACAAAUUUGGAUUAUUCGGUCCAAAUAAGUGUAUAAAAUACGCUAAGAGUACAUUUUCUGAGUUCGUAACGUCUACAAUUUGGAAGAAUCUUUCCGCACUCAUGUAUGCGAUGAUAUCUCUCAUCCGUUAUACAUUUGGGCCAGAUUAUAAGAAAAGUAGCAAAUUUGAUAUGAUUAAUCCUAAAAGUAUCACUGGAGAGUUAAUCAAUGAGAUUUCACUGAUUGGAGAUUUGGUCAUUACAUUGUUGUUGUAUAGCAAACAUAGGGGUGUAAUCGAUUCAUAUGCCAAGUUCCUAAAUAUAACUUCAUCCAAGCUUAAAAUGAGUGGAUAUGAGACACAAAAGGUUGUGGACAUGUGGUGCAAAAGGCUAAUCAACAUCUUUUCUGCUGAUGAAGAUGUAUUACAAAACGUUACAAGGCGAUUUUCAGUGGCAAGAUCUGAGAACAUAGCAAUUUGCCUAGUAUCCCUUCUUGGUGGCAAUUCUAAGAUUGAAGACAAGAAUUUUAGCUAUGUAAUACGACUAUUAUUGACUGAGACGAGGUAUAGACAAGAAUCAAUACAUUUGUUACGUGCUAUUGUUAGAUCUUCGAACUUGGCAUAUUUCCUCAACAAUUAUAUUUACGACAUUAUAUACAUAUCAUUACAUAAUGUGUCAAAUAGCGAUUGGUCAGUAUCCAACGCUGCUUCAUUGUUAUUCUCAUGUUGCAUAAACUAUUUGGCCAGUGGGUCAUUGGAUGAUAUUUUAGAAGAUUCAUUCUACACCAGGCAUCUAGACGAUUUUUUCCAGUGUAAACCUCAGCUCAAGGAUUUGAUUCUAAUGGCUCUGUCGGAUAAUGCAGAUCAUGCAAAUAGUUUAAGCAAUAGCGCCAAUCAGACUGCAUUUGCCUUGAUAUUUGUAAUUAAGUUUAACGGAGGGGAGGUUUUUCUGCCACAAAUAUUUAAAUUAUUGGGAUCUCGUGACUAUAGAAUACGCAACUUAGCAAUGAAAGGCAUAGUAAAAUAUUCUAAUGGUACUAGUAGUAUCGUAAAUUACUUGUCAGAAGCCACUAAAAGUUGUAACGAUUUUAAUUUGUUACAUGGUUUAUUAUCAGUUGUGAACGAACUAAGUGAACUAUAUGACGUUGCAGCAUUGUAUCCAUCCCUAGAGAAUACUAUACUAAAUUUGUUUAAAGUAAGAUUGCCCUUUCCAAUAAUAUCAUUACUGAUGCAUUUGGGUUGCAAAUUCCUGUCAUUUAAAUUACAAUUGAUGGAAUACAAGUAUGUAAUUCAAUUGGUAAUUAGUGCCUUUGGGGCCAAAUUUUUUAGUGAAAUAUCAAAUUACUUCGACAAAUAUCUUGACUAUGUUGAAAUAUUUCCAAAUUUUGACCUAAAAAGCUGCAGUUUAAAGUUAUUGAUUAAGCUAUCGUAUACAUUGGGUUUAUGUAAUGAUAUAAAUUUUAGAAACAAAUUUUACAGCAUUCUUACGGAUGAAUUGGUCGAUUUAUCACCAUUGGAUGAUUUUUGGUAUGACAUAGGGCAUAAAUUGCUUGCAAAAAGAUAUGACGAAUCUUGCCUCAAAUUCUGUCUACGUGCAUGCCAUAAGAUGCCACAUAAAUAUGUAUCAGUUUUGAUUAAUAUAUUGUCAAAGCAUACAUUUAUGACCAUUGGUAGCUUGAAUUAUAUCGCACAGAUCACUAUAACAGUUAUAUCAGACUUAAUUGGUGAUAGUGAGACUAGCGAAAUUACUGAUGAAUUAAAUAUAUUAUUGGAACUUGCUAUGGGUAUGAUUCAAGUUAUAACAAGUGAUUCGGCCAAUUUAGCAAUGAAACUAUCAUUUUUAAAUACAUUGUCAACAAUCAAAUUGUCUAAGCCAAUACCAGCAAAUGAUAUAAUAUCCAGAUAUAAUUUUCAUCUAUGGCAAAGAUUGAUAUAUAUUUUGCAAGAUGAAUCGCCGGAAAUUAGAAAUGCAGCUAGCGUUAUAAUAUGCAAAUACUUGCAUAGUUGGGGGGAUUUUGACAGCAAAAUCAUGCUGGACUGGAGUAGUACUGAAGAUCUAGCCUGUAAACUAUUAAAUAUCUGUAAACCAUGUAAUGUACAAAUUAAAAAUGCACAUGAUGAUAAUGAGUUUGUGUUAUUCCCCAUAGAGCCAGCAAACAUAUACCGUGAAAGACAGUAA